AUGUCCAGGAGAGCCCCGAACCCCGCCGCCGAGCGGGCGGCGCAAAACCAAGCUACCAUCAAGAGUCUUCUCAAGUUGGAAGCCAAUAAGGUCUGCUCUGAUUGCAAAAGGAACAAGCAUCCUCGAUGGGCCAGCUGGAACCUUGGCGUCUUUAUCUGUAUCCGAUGCUCAGGCAUCCACCGUGGCAUGGGCACUCAUAUUAGCCGUGUCAAGUCUGUCGACCUCGAUUCCUGGACCGACGAACAACUGCAAAGCGUUCUGAACUGGGGCAAUGCCCGCGCCAACAAGUACUGGGAGGCCAAGCUCGCCGCUGGUCACGCCCCCUCCGAAGCCAAGAUCGAAAACUUUAUCCGAACAAAGUACGAACUCAAGCGAUGGGUAAUGGACGGUCCCAUGCCCGACCCUGCGACCCUCGAUGCCGACGGCGAUGAUGAUGUGCCGCUCAGCAUUGUCAAGGAGAAGCAGACCAUAGAGCGCAAGGAAUCCAUCAGGAAGGCAUCUCUGGGCAACUCAUCAGCACCAAAGCCUAUGUCUCCGCCUCAGGGGGAUCUCAUCGGCGGAGAUCCUGUUCCUGUACGAUCAAGCAGCGCUGCUCCUCAUGCGGCCAAGGUCCCUCCCAAGGGCGAGCCUGCUCCCCCAAGAGCGACAAGCGGAAAGGAUUCUCUACUCGGACUCGACUUCUUCGGCGAACCUCAGGCUCCUCCACGACCAGCCAGUACAACCGGCACCGCCCCCAGUGGUCAGUCGCGACCUGAUUUGAAGCAGUCUAUCCUCUCUCUAUACGCAUCCGCACCUCGACCGCAAGCCCAGGCUCAGCCGCAGCAGCCUUCAUCUGCUGGAGGAUUCGGUGGUCUCGCUUCUCCCACUUUCAGCCACCAGUCCCAAGGCUCAAUGGGCGGCGGUUUCAACGAUGCUUUCAGCAACCUCAGCGUUUCCUCGAACGCACCCAAGCCUGCUGCCCCCGAUCCGUUUGCCAGCCUGGGUACUGCUGGCCGUACUACAUCUAGCAGCAGUAAUGCUUUUGGUGGUCUGGGAGGUGGCAGUUUCUUUGACAGCAAGCCCUCGCAGCCUGCUGCUCCCACUCAUCAGCACCAAUCCUCAAACUUCUCCAACUUUGGCGGCUUUUCCUCUCCUGCACCUGCGCCUGCUGCAGCUCCCGCACCAGCCGCACCCAAACCUGCACAGUCAUCUGCUAUGGGGGAUCUCUUUGACCUUUCUGCACCCGUCACUACAUCGGCUCCUCCACCACAGCCCGCAGCUGCUUCUACUAGCUCCGUCUUCAACCUCUCAUCCCCUCAAAGCCCGCCCGCCGCUGCACCCGCCACUACCACUACCAGCUCUAUGGGUGGUUUCUCUGGCGCCGACGUAUGGGGUGGAAGCGAAUGGGGUGCUCCUGCAGCUGCCCCCGCCCCUAUACAGAAGGCCCCUGAACCACCAAAGCCUGCCGCUAACGACUUCGGAUGGGGCAACACAGGAGGCGCUUUCGCCAACACUCCUAUAGUUCCCGGAGCCUCUGGAGGCUUGACAUCUGGUGGUUUCAACCCUAUCUCAUCACCCAAGGUUUCAGCCGACGAGGAAUUCGGAGGAUGGGCCAGCAGCGGCCCUGCUGCCACUGGCAGCACCAGUCAAACAAAGUCCAGUGGUGGGUUCGGUGGAGAUGAUGACUUGUUCUCUAAUGUGUGGCAGUAA